AGGAUUUCUUUCAUUCACCGUAAAAUCCUGAAACGCGAUUCCACUCCCAAACCGCUUCAAAACUCUUCACUUCCGUUUUAACGUUCUGAAUUAAUCUUUAAAAAAAAAAUUAUCCAAAAGUUUAAAGAAAAAUGGGGAAAUGGAAUCAUCGUCCUCGGUUCUUCUCCCGUCGUAGAUCUCCCGAUCGUCCUUCUGUUUUCUACGACAUCAAAGCCCCUCUUCCUGAUUUUCGGCACGAUGGAAUACCUUUAUGGGAGAAGAAAUAUUGCACUUUGAGUGGGUGUGUAGCAUGGCAGAAGAUUGUUGAUUCCAAAGAGCUGAUCUAUUGCCACCAAAAUGUGCUCGAUUGGAAGGAUUCAGGUGCCGAAGAAGCAUUUCAAAAUGCCAAAAAACGUUACUGGGCGAAAAUCAAAAACCUUCCCUGUGACAUUUCCCUGCCUGAUCUAGAUGCUUAUAUCGAGCAUGUAGAUUGGAAUCCUUGUAUUGACCCUGAACUGAUCAAGGAAAUAGAUAACGCACACUUUACUAUCCCCGAUGAAGAAGAACAAGACGAAGAAGAACAAGAGAAUGCCUUAAAUAAUAAAAGAACAAAGAUUUCAGCUGAUGGUGAAGAUCCUUGGGAAUCUGCUGCAAAAUCUCUUGGCAGAACUGUAGAAAAUAAUAAAGUCCAAGGACAAAACCAGGGGGAUUAUCAUGAUAAUUCUGAAAAUGCGGUUACUACGAACAAUCCCUGGCAGAGUAACUUCUUUCAUGGAAAUCAAAGACUGACUGACAAUGCUUGGGAAGGUGGUCAUGAUAAGUCUUCGGGUUGGAAGGAAGGAAGGGACCAUAGUAAUCAGUGCGGAUAUUGGAAUUCCGGUUGCUCACCGAAGAAUAAAGGAUGGGGCAACGCCAGGGAUAGUUCUUGGUGCCAGCAACAACCAAAUAAUUUGGCUAAUAUUGGAAACUCUUGGGAACACAAUUCUAGUAAACAAAAUGUAAUUCCAAUGAACACGGGAUGGGGAAACAGUGGCACAAAUGUAUCAAGAUGGAAGCAACAAGAAAAAGCUUAUGUUUCAAGCGACUCGCAAUUUAGAAGGAACAAUGGAGGAGGUUGGACUGGUGGGAAUCAGAAUUACCAAAUGAGGGAAGGCUCUAACAGACAUAAUUCAGGCUAUAAUGGAUCUCAAUUUCAAAGGGGUGAUAGUCAAACAGGUCAUUACUGGAAGAGAGAGCAAAGUCGAAAAAGGGAUUUUCGCGCUCGAUAGUUUUCACACCAUACCGUGCCUCGUUUUUUGAUGGACCAAUAGUAUUUGUAAGUUUUGGAACAAGAUGGUUACUGGUUGCAAGAGUAUUUAGCUAUAUGUGGUAAGGAUUAUCAAAAACAAGUAGAAAUUUGGGAUAUUUGCAUUUUUGGUGAAAACUUUAUUUCACAGUUUGAUCCUAUAUAGGGAGAAUCUUUUUGGGCUUGUCUCUUACAUUUUUGGUUUGUCGAGAACACUUGCUAGUAUCUGUGGAGAAUGAAUCAGUAAAGGCUUCCUUGCAACUCAACAACUUAUUUGGCUAUCUUGUAGCUAACCUUUGCUUGUAUUGUAUCUUGAUCUUGAAAACUUUAUGUAUAUCAUUGACCUAAAGUUGAAUAUCUAAAUGAACUCAAUAUGAACUGUAGUUUAAUAUAUUAGUUUGUUG